ACAGAACCCAGACAAAGACUGGGAUAAAGAAGCUGCUGCAAAACAGCUAGACUAUCAACAACUUGAAGACGACAAAGUCUCUCAGAAAUCGGCAUCCAGUAAACUUUCCAAGUCCCCUCUGAAAUCUGUGAAAAGACCCAAAAACAUGCAGGCUAAAGUCAUCCUCCUGGAUGGCUCUGAAUAUACUUGCGAAGUAGAGAAGCGUUCGAAAGGUCAAGUUCUCUUUGAUAAAGUGUGUGAACAUUUAAAACCUGCUGGAAAAAGAUUACUUCGGUUUAGUAUACAGAGACUCUGAAAAUCAAAAGAACUGGUUGGACCCUGCUAAAGAAAUCAAGAAACAAACACGAAAUGGAUCUUGGCAGUUUUCCUUUAAUGUUAAAUUCUAUCCACCUGACCCCUCUCAGCUUUCAGAAGAUAUAACCAGGUAUUACCUCUGCUUGCAGCUACGAGAUGACAUUAUAUCAGGGCGUCUCCCUUGUUCCUUUGUUACAUUGGCUCUCUUGGGAUCCUACACUGUACAAUCAGAACUGGGUGACUAUGACCCUGAUGAAUAUGGCAGCGACUAUGUCAGUGAAUUCCGGUUUGCACCAAACCAAACAAAGGAACUAGAGGACAAAGUAGUUGAGCUGCACAAAAGUUAUAGAGGAAUGACUCCUGCUGAAGCUGAAAUGCACUUCUUGGAAAAUGCCAAAAAAUUGUCAAUGUAUGGCGUAGAUCUACAUCAUGCUAAGGACUCUGAAGGAGUUGAAAUAAUGCUGGGUGUGUGCGCCAGUGGCCUCUUGAUAUACCGUGAUCGGCUACGGAUAAACCGAUUUGCCUGGCCAAAGGUCCUGAAAAUUUCAUAUAAAAGAAAUAAUUUUUAUAUUAAGAUUCGCCCAGGUGAGUUUGAACAGUUUGAAAGCACCAUUGGGUUUAAGCUGCCAAAUCACCGGGCUGCAAAACGCUUAUGGAAAGUGUGCGUUGAACAUCAUACUUUCUUUAGGCUGAUGUCACCAGAAGCACCACCCAAAAAGUUCCUCACCUUAGGGUCCAAGUUCCGCUACAGUGGACGAACACAAGCUCAGACAAGAAGGGCAAGUGCACUUAUUGAUCGGCCUGCUCCCUAUUUUGAACGCUCAUCAAGUAAACGCUAUACAAUGUCCCGAAGCUUAGAUGGGGAGGUGGGCACUGGCCCAUACAUCACAGCAAAGGGUGUGUCUCAGACCAAUUUGAUCACAACGGUAACACCUGAAAAAAAGGUGGAGGAAGAAAAAGACGAGGAGGAAGAAAAGAAAAAGAAAAUGGAAAUCACCACGACUGUGACCACCGUUCGUCAUGACACAAAGCCAUCUUGUUAUUCAACUGAGCCAUUUCAUUCCCCUCCACUGUCAUGCUCUAGUUCCCCCUCAUCUUCAAGUCGUUUACGUAGGAGAUGUAAGGAGAACUCUCAUAAGUCAUGUGAGCUAGGGUCAGAUGUGGCUCAAGUGUCUAAUGAGCUUGAAUGGGACUCUGAACAAAAAGGGAAAUUAUACCCUGAUGAAGAUGAAAUGGGUAUAAGCUAUAAGCAGCAAGCUGGCAAAGGCGGGACUCUGUUUUCUUUCUCCUUGCAUCUUCCAGACUCAUUCCCUUCUCUGCUGGAUGAUGAUGGCUAUCUUUCUUUCCCUAACGUUUCUGAAGCCAAUUUCCUGCCUGAAAGUUUACAGCAUUAUCUUCCAAUCCGGUCCCCAUCCCUUGUCCCGUGUUUCCUCUUCAUCUUUUUCUUUCUGCUGUCAGCCUCUUUCUCUGUCCCAUACGCCCUCACGCUCUCUUUUCCUUUGGCUAUGUGCCUCUGCUACCUGGAGCCCAAGGCGGUCUCCUUGAGUGCCUCACUUGACAAUGACCUGAGUGACAGUUCAGAUGAUGAGACUGAUAGUGAACAGACGGAUACAGCAGCUGAUGGUGAAACAACCGCCACGGAGUCGGAUCAAGAAGAUGAUACAGAUGUGAAGACUCGGGAAUAUGAUAGGAAUCAAGAAGAACUAAUGAAACAUCAGACCAACAUCAGUGAGCUCAAGAGAACCUUUUUGGAAACCUCAACAGACACUACAGCUGCCAGUGAAUGGGAGAAACGGCUCUCUACAUCACCCGUGAGACUUGCUGCCAGACAAGAAGAAGCUCCUAUGAUUGAACCAUUAGUGCCUGAUGAGACCAAACAGUCUUCUGGUGACAAACUCAUGGAUGGUUCUGAUAUCUACAGUUUAUUAGAAUCUUCAAGAAAGCCAUCUGAGUUUAUAGGAGAGGUUACAACUACUUCACAAAACUGGGCUCAGAAAACUGAAACAAAAACCGAAUGGGAAACAACUGACAGAGAUGUAGGACAAGAGGAUGCAGAGCAAAGAACGACAGAGAAGGUUGUGCAGGGGAUAAUCAGUUUGGAGGAGACGGGGAGUGUGCAUGCAAGCUGGGAUACUGCUCAACUGAGUGCAGAGCAGUUGGAUGGUGCGGCUAAGGCAAAUGCAGUCAUUGCUUCUUGCUUGAAAGGGAGUGUGGAAACUGAUAAAGAGGAAGAUGGGGCUGUUGAUGCUUCUGCUGCUAGUUAUGCUCAAGAGGAGCAGCAUGGCUCAGAUAUUCAUGACACACAGCUAUUGGAUGGCAAGCCUCAUGAUGAGGUAACUGGAAAAAUGGAAUCUCUUUUUACUCAGUCACCCCUGGUGAAAACCGAGAUCAUCACUUUUGGCACUAUCGCAGAUGGGGAGAAGCCUGAUAUUUCCACUAAGGAUGUACCUGUAAUACAUACAGAAACGAAAACCAUUACCUAUGAGUCAUCAGAGAUGGUGUCUCGCCCUGACACAGAUCCUGGUGUUUUAAUGAGCGCUCAGACAAUAACUUCAGAAUCUCAUGGCACUACAACUACUACACACAUUACCAAAACUGUGAAAGGAGGCAUUUCAGAGACCAGAAUUGAAAAGCGUAUAGUAAUUACUGGAGAUGCUGACAUCGACCAUGAUCAGGCGCUGGCUCAGGCAAUAAAAGAGGCCAAAGAGCAGCACCCUGACAUGUCAGUGACCAAAGUAGUGGUACAUAAAGAGACAGAAAUCACACCUGAAGAUGGGGAGGAUUGA